GAUGGUGACGAUGGUGUGAGGAGGUGCAGUCUCUGGCAGUGAAGGGGUUACAGAGGAGGAUGAUGAUGGUGACGAUGGUGUGAGGAGGUGCAGUCUCUGGCAGUGAAGGGGUUACAGAGGAGGAUGAUGAUGAUGAUGAUGGUGACGAUGGUGUGAGGAGGUGCAGUCUCUGGCAGUGAAGGGGUUACAGAGGAGGAUGAUGAUGAUGAUGGUGACGAUGGUGUGAGGAGGUGCAGUCUCUGGCAGUGAAGGGGUUACAGAGGAGGAUGAUGAUGAUGAUGGUGACGAUGGUGUGAGGAGGUGCAGUGUCUGGCAGUGAAGGGGUUACAGAGGAGGAUGAUGAUGUGGUGGGGAGGGCAGUGCUGUGUACUGCAGAAGGAGAAUGUGACAGCGCGCAGCACAGCACACAGCAGAUGACGGGAGCUGCAGACACAGAAGGAUUUCCACCAUGAUGGCUCUCCUCCUGAUCCUGCUGGCUCCUCUGCUCUUCAGUAGCAGCCUGGCAGCACCUCGCUCUGGGGACAGGUUGGAAGCGCAAGAAAAUGUCCUCAACCCGUUCACACUAGGCAACGAACAGCUCAGUCUUCUACAGGGAUAUCUGCGAGAUGAGGACCCGAUGGAAGAAAGCACUUCCGACAUGAAGAGAGAAACUGUCAUCUUACACCUCUUUGUCCUUCAUGACUUCGAUAAGAGUGGACUUCUGGAUGGCCUGGAGCUCAUGCGUCUUCUGCGCAGAAUCUUGGCUAAAAGUCUUCAGAAGGAACCCUCAGAAGAUCUGGUCAUUUCUCUGGUAGAUGACAUUUUGGUGAAACAAGACCUCAACCAGGAUGGUCUACUCAGCACCCAGGAACUUGUCACACCGCCAGUUUUUAAAGCCGAGGACUCACCACCUCUUAAUGUGGCCCUUCCCAUCCCUCCAGGGGCCCAUCCUCCAGCCCAGGAAAAUGAAGCUGAAAUACAGACGAACACCACAAAUGCCUCAGAACCUGCUGAUCAGGAAGCAGAAUCUAAGGACAAUAUGAAAGAGCAGACCCAUGAUCCUGCUCCAUCCCAAGAAGAAGCAGAGGCCACCCAGGAGAAGCCAGCUGUGAUCGAUCAUGAAGCUGCAUCAGUAGAGCGAACCGAUGAGAGUGAAGAAUUGGAGGAGCCAACGGAAGACAAUGGACAGAAGCAAUUCAUACAGGGUGAGACUGUAUCUGAGGAUGAGAUGUAAAUGUUCUUGCCCUAUAAUUGCCACUGCAAUACCCAAUGUCACCUGCAUUGUGACCACCAAGAAAGCCACUAUAAAAAACCUCCCCACGUGGGGGGCAAAAGCUAGUGCCUACUGUGACUGACCAAUCAGAGACUUUGUUGAAGGAGACUGCUGGAAAGUUAAAGGUCGGAGAACGGCACAGCUUAGACAUUUCCUGCGGUGGAGAAGCUCCAUCCAUUUGUCCUAAAAAUUUCUUAGAUGAUGACCACACAACAACAUGGGGAAUGGAAGCGCUUUAUGAAUUUUAAAUACUGGUAAAUUGGCCAACACCCUGGCAGGUGGCCCCGGGCCAAGAACUACCAAUGAACUUUGCCCAGCUUAAAUGAUUCUGAUGUGGUGCCAAAAGAACAUUCCUGGGAGUCUUCAGCUGACCUCAGAGGAUUUCUGAAUGAUGUAUUGGUGAUGGAUUGUACGAAAAUAAAAUGGAGUGUUAGAAAGGA